CCUCAACCACCACCACUAGGGCUAAAACCACUACUAUUUCUCCCCUCCGUCUCUGUCGCUCCAGUAUCUCCCUUUCCCUUUGAGUUUACGAGAUCUCCUCCCGAAACCUGAGCGAGGCAGUCACGGAAAAGAGAGGCGAUACCCUCCUGCACAACAUGGCUACAAUUGUAACGUCGACCAGAUUUACAGACGAAUAUCAGCUGUACGAAGAGCUCGGAAAGGGUGCCUUCUCCGUUGUCCGGCGAUGCGUUAAAAAGUCCAAUGGCCAGGAAUUUGCUGCUAAAAUUAUCAACACAAAAAAACUAUCAGCAAGAGAUCAUCAAAAACUGGAACGAGAGGCCCGCAUCUGUCGCCUGCUCAAGCACCCCAACAUAGUACGACUACACGAAAGUAUCUCCGAGGAAGGCUUCCAUUACCUCGUCUUUGACCUUGUCACCGGUGGAGAGCUGUUUGAAGACAUUGUUGCCAGAGAGUAUUACAGUGAGGCUGAUGCCAGCCAGUGCAUCAAUCAGAUCCUGGAGAGUGUCCACCACAUGCACCAGCAUGACAUUGUGCACAGGGACCUCAAGCCAGAGAACCUGCUCCUGGCCAGUAAGCUGAAGGGAGCCGCGGUGAAGUUGGCUGACUUUGGGCUGGCCAUCGAGGUGCAGGGAGACGAGCAGGCAUGGUUUGGUUUUGCAGGCACUCCGGGCUACCUCUCUCCAGAGGUCUUGAGGAAGGACCCCUACGGCAAGCCAGUGGAUAUCUGGGCAUGUGGUGUGGUCCUGUACAUUCUCCUGGUGGGCUACCCUCCCUUCUGGGAUGAGGACCAGCACAAGCUCUAUCAGCAGAUCAAGGCUGGGGCCUACGAUUUUCCCUCCCCAGAGUGGGACACAGUGACCCCCGAAGCCAAGAACCUGAUUAACCAGAUGCUGACUAUCAACCCUACCAAGAGGAUCACUGCUGACCAGGCCCUCAAGCACCCAUGGGUCUGCCAACGCUCCACUGUGGCUUCCAUGAUGCAUCGUCAAGAGACCGUGGAGUGCCUGCGCAAGUUCAACGCCAGGAGAAAGCUCAAGGGAGCCAUCCUCACCACCAUGCUGGUGACCAGAAACUUCUCAGUGGGCCGACAGCACACCAGCCCCGCAGCCACCACCAGCACGGCUGCUCUGGCUUCAGAAGCAUGCAAAAGUUUACUAAACAAAAAAUCGGAUGGUGGUGUGAAGAAAAGGAAGUCCAGCUCCAGUGUUUGUUUAAUGCCGCAGACAAACAACAAUAAAAACAGUGUAGUGAGCAGUACCAGCAGCACCAAAGACAGCAGCAUAUCAUCUUCAGCACCAAUGGAACCACAGACCACUGUUGUGCACAACCCAGCUGACGGCACCAAGGGUUCCACAGAGAGCUGUAACACCACAGAAGAGGAGGAUGUGAAAAGUAGAAAAGUGUCUGCGUGCGGGUCUAGCGCGGACAGCGCAAUGGUCAGCCAGUGCAGUGCCAGUGAGGAACAGAGCCAGCCCCAGCCCCCUCACUGCCCACCCACCUCUCGCAAACAAGAGAUCAUCAAGAUUACCGAGCAGCUGAUUGAGGCCAUCAACAACGGAGACUUUGAGGCUUACACGAGAAUCUGUGACCCCGGGCUCACCUCGUUUGAACCCGAGGCUUUGGGAAACCUGGUGGAGGGCAUGGACUUCCACAAAUUCUACUUUGAGAACUUGUUGAGUAAGAACAGUAAGCCGGUCCACACCACCAUCCUGAAUCCUCAUGUGCACCUGAUCGGGGAAGACGCGGCCUGCAUCGCCUACAUCCGCCUUACGCAGUACAUCGACAGCCAGGGGCGGCCGCGCUCCUGCCAGUCAGAGGAGACCCGUGUGUGGCACCGCCGCGACGCCAAGUGGCUCAACGUGCAUUUUCACUGUUCAGGAGCGCCUGCCGCACCUCUCCAGUGACCCUUUACCAGACACAGCUUUGCCUGAAUUCUGAAGCCGAUUGGAACAUUUCCUCUCAGUGGUUGGAUUGGCGCCUGGAGCCCAGCCGGAAGAGACCGCUUGAAGUUUACAGUCCUUGGGGGGAAAAAAUUAAAAUAAAUUAUAUUUAAAAGCCAACCGACAACACCACCAUAACCAAUCCAGUCCAACCCUAGCUAGAUGUUGGGGGCCGGCUGGGGCCGAGGCCCUCCCCUCUGGACAGUGCAUGCUUCUGACGCCCAUAGGGGUGUGCGCGGUCUUGUUCUUUUUCAAUGGAUCCAUAUUUUUUGCCCUUUGUUUGGAAAGGUGUUUAAAGUAUUAACAUAUGUACAAAAAAUAUGAAAUUAUUGAAAAAAAUGUCACAUUAAUCAACAACAAUGAUUAAAUAUGAAUUUUCUAUAUAAAAAAGGAGCACACACCCUAAUAUUAGUGGUGGUUGUUUUUUUGUUUUGUUUCACAAUGAAUCUAGUUGUUUUCUUUCUUUUUUUGGAUGCAAACAAAUGCUAGGAGGGAAAAUGUAAGAAAAAAAUAAAUGAUGAUACUUAGUAUUAGAAUUAAGAACACCAAAGUGUAGACUUUAGGCAUUUAAAUAUAUUGUUUUAAUGUAAUGUAUGUUUUUAUGGGUUAGGUGGGUUUCAGAAGGGACAGUGUUUUAGUAUUCAUAUGUGUUAUUGUGGAACUCUUAAUUUUUAUCCCCUGAAUGAUGCUUUAUUUGAAAGUAUUUUGUGUUUGAAGAUCAUUUUUAAAUGGGGACUUUAUUUAAUAUAGUAAUGUAUACAUAGAUAUUUAUAAGGAGAAAGGGAAAAUACUCUUUACUUUCAGUUUGGAGAAUGGAUGUGUGUGUGAGAGUGAAUGUGUGUUCUCCUGUCCCUAUUCAGGCUCUUGUGCAGUUUGAGAUCCCCUGUGUACAUACACACACUCACACAAGGCCCAAACCCCAGGCCCCUGUGCUGUGCCCCUUGGGUCUAUAAACCAGCCUGCUCCUCCAGCUUCAGCCACAAUCUCCUGACCAGCACAACCUGAAGUUGCAGAACACUACCAUCGGUUUUCAGUGCUGAGUUUGCCAUCUUCCUUUUGGCCUCUAGAGGGCACAUGACACAAUCAGUCAAGCCAACUGAUACUAUUCUGGCAGAGGCCCCCACCCACAAACUCUGAAAGCUCGGAUACCUCGCCCUUGUAUCGUUUCCUACUAUGAUUUUAGCAUGUUUGAUCAAUUGGGGGGGGGGGGGGGGGUCUAAAAUGGCCUGUACUGUUUUGCACAUAAAUUUGAGACUCAAUGCUGUUCUGUUCACUCCCCAGGUGAACUUUUCUGCAACUUCAGGUUAAGCUCACUCACUCCUGGGGUCUCCACCUGUGUUUCUAUAGCGAGCGACCCUGCUAAUCAGCUGUGUAGCUUUUAGUGCCAUUCAGUGUGACGAUGUCACCCUUUGCCUGUCUCUUGUUUUGGUCCCCGUCCUGUUCUCUAACGUACAUUGUCUUUCUUUGCUUGCCGUACCUCUCUUUAAAAGCAUGUGAAAAUGAGAAUGCAUUAAAGUGGGGUGCUGAGGUUGACCCGUGGCAUGUCAGACCUCUGGCUGGGCAUAAGAUUGGAUGGGACGGUGGAGGCUGGGUGCUUGGGAGCCACGGUGAAAGCAAUCAAUGGAUUGGUCCCUUUGUCACGGUUUCUGUUGUAACGGUUCUAGAUGUUAGUGUUCUUACUGGUGGUAUUAUUAUGAGUGAUCUGACUUUUCUUUUGAGAUUGGAGCUGAAAUAUGGGGAGGCCGUUGAGGUGAGGGAUGGGGCUCAGGCUGCUAGCAAAUCACACUGUCCAACCCCCCACACACAUGCAGACAAUGCCACAAUACACAUGGAAUCAACACACGCUCACACGGUGUACUCCCAAUGCAAAAUAUAUUUGAAUAUAUAUGGACAGACACAGAAAAUAAACACACUCGAAACAGUCUCACUUUAAAAAACAUAUCUUUGUGUUGAUGGUAAAACAUUGGAACACUGUUUUUCACCGUGUUGUAGAAACUUGUGUGACUUUGUACCGCCAGUGGGGUGAAGCUUGCCGUUUACCCCUUCACUUCUGUGCUAAGCAGCUCCAUAGUACUCGUGUUCCAUUGAACCUGUCGAAGGUACCAAAAAGCUGAAAAAAUAACCUACCGAUGAUAUCAAAAAUUAUAUCAAAACAUGUUGAAGGAAACAUGUUAAAACAAAACUUGUGCUCUGUUUUUAUCACGAGUCACGUGUGGCCCCGCCAACCCUAUUGCUUGUGCUGCUGGGUGUUGUGACAUAUCUGCCAUGAGACUGUAUUCCCCUUUACACCAUGACGUGAUGUAUACAGUACUGAACUGUGAUGUUGUUUUGGAUCCGAGUAGUUUUCCUGACUUUGCGCUGUGGGCAUUCACCUCUCUCCCCCACUGGGCCUGAUGCUUCCAUUCAUUGUGUGUUCACACAGCCAUGGGAAUGUUCAUGUGAAAGAGUAUAACCAUCCAGUUGAUUUCAAUUCUUAAAAAGAAUUCAAAAGGGAAGGAGAGAAAUAGUAGUUCCUGAGGGUAGGACAAUUAACCUUUGAUUAUACUAUACCUUACUGGCCAGCAGGAUAGGGAGAGAGACUUGAUAUACAAAAAAAAAGAAAGAAUAAUGAAAAAUAAAUAUUAAAAGCCAGACUUUAAUAACAAAAAUAUAUAUGCAGUUUUACAAGAGGAAAAAUAUGCAUGUCUUCUUUCUGGUAAUAUUUUUUACUGUCUGUGUUUACUUAAGAAAUGGAAAUCUAUAUAUGUUACUUGCACCUUCAAGGUCAAUGAAAAUGGCUCUGUCUCAAAUAUUGAAAUGAAGUGAUGUAUCACGUAAAAAAAAAAGUACAAAAAAAAGCCUUAGCUUGGUAUGCUUCCCUUGAUUUGUAAAUGUACUGCAUUGUAACCAUAUAGUGAGGGGAUGCAUAUGACUAUACUCUGAGUUGUCAUUUGGAUGCUGGAUUUUUGCAUGACCAUACAAUAAAGAAAAUCAUUACUUUAAAACUAUCAAGUGUUUGUUUGAAUGUUAGUAGAUCAUAUCUUUGUUAUUUAAACAAGAAACAUUGAAUAAAAAUAACAUUUCAACAUAA